CCUAGCCACAAUUGAGACACGCAUUUGACUCGGAAAUCGGCCGGGUCUGCUAAGGCCCUCGACGACAAAGACUAGGAGAACAAACUAGAAAAACUCGAGUAGCGGUAAAGAUAAAAUUUCUUCAAGAGAUGGAGGAGGAUCACAGAAACGGCGGUGUUUUAGAUGCGGUGAGAGCUAGUACAGAGGUGUAUUUAAUGAAGUGUCCAGUGGUGGUGGCUAAGUCAUGGCAGAGUCAUGCUACUUCUUCAGAUUUUCAACCUGUAGCCAAGGUUAUUGAGUCUAUUGAUCCUCUUCGCCCCGAUGACAAGAAGUACAAAAUGGAGAUGGUUAGCUCUGAAUCUGGGAGCAUGCCUAAAAGCUAUACUUUGAAUAGGGCUAAACAAAUUGUUCCUAUGACUAUCUUUUCAGAGACAAAUCAAGGUAAGGUUGCGGUUGAAGGAUAUGUGGGGAAAAAAUUUGACAUGAAGCCUUAUGAAGAAAACAUUGAGGAAUAUGGCAGAUUGUGCCGUGAAAGGACAAAUAAGUCCAUGAUCAAGAAUAGACAAAUACGGGUGAUUGAUAAUGACCAUGGAGUGCAUAUGAGACCAAUGCCUGGAAUGGUUGGCCUAAUUUCAUCUACCUCUAAGGAAAAGAAGAAAACAGCGCCAGUUAAACAAUCAGACAUGAAAAGAACUAGAAGAGAUCGUGGAGAAUUGGAAGAUAUAAUGUUCAAGCUAUUUGAGAGACAACCAAAUUGGGCUUUAAAGCAGCUUGUCCAAGAGACGGAUCAACCUGCACAAUUCUUGAAGGAGAUACUAAAUGAGCUAUGUGUUUACAAUAAGAGAGGAACCAACCAGGGAACUUACGAGCUUAAGCCAGAAUAUAAAAAAUCUGUCGAGGAUGCAGGUGCUGAAUAACUCGAUAUUCUUCUAAAACUGUGAGACUAAUUACACUUUCAUAUAGUUAAUAUCUUUUUUGGAUGAAGACAAGCAACUACUUAACUCUUGAGAAAGGGUAAUAGUGUAACAUAAAAAAAAACCAUAGUAAGCAAAGCAGGGGAAAAAAGAGAAGCUGGAAAGCAAGGGGAGAGGGAGGAGGGUUAUCCUUUGUUAUUACGACUCAAUUUUCUGAUAUCCAUGUGUAAUUCUAAACAAGAAAGAAAUGACUAAAGUAUUAGAAGGAUAAAUAAUUCAGUAGUUUCCUUUAUAAAAAUCAAAUUUAUGAGUUUGCAAUUCA